AUGUCAAACCCACACCAACUCCCACACCAACUCCCACCACCCACGAGCGCAAAGCCCAAACGCCGUUUCUUCNNCGAUCCAUGGAACUCAUCAUCAACUGGACAUCAAAGAGCAGACAACAGCCUGGCUGGAAGCACAAGUUGGCGCGAAUCUCGCAGCCUAAAACUUAGCAAUCAGUUCGCAGGAGGUGCUUCUGGUGGUGCUCGACUCGCAGACACUGUUGGUGCUGGAAGUGAGGACUUUGGCAAAGAUGGCAGACUGGAGAAUGGGAAUUGGGCCAAGGGUGCUUCUGGUCUGAGGGAAAGGGGUCAAAUCAGUGUGGUGGAAGCUUUCAGAGUCAAAAAAGCUGCUGUGAAGGACAUGGUGGUUGAGAAAGAGAAGGCGAAGUUGGUGGUUGAUGAGGUGCAAGAGCAGGAACUGGAUCUCCUGGACAUACCAAGCGCACAGCCGGUACGAGACGACUCAUCUCAAGAUCAGGAACAACCUUCAAGCUACGAGGACAAGCUUUUGCGCGAUGAUUCGAGUCCACAUGAGCAGAUGCAAGACAACAAGCAAGAUCAAAACACUGAAACAACCACCGCGGCAAAAGUCCCUCAGGUCUUUGCCGGCACCUGUAUCUACAUCAACGGCAGCACCUUCCCCACAAUCUCUGAUCACAAGCUCAAACACCUCCUUGUGACUCACGGCGCACGCCUCAGCAUCCACCUCGGUCGUCGCUCAGUCACCCAUGUGAUCCUCGGUCUUCCCAACGCCUCUGCUAUUCCUGGAGCUGGUGGUGGUCUGUCAGCCUCAAAGAUGCAGAAAGAGAUUGCCAAGAUCGGAGGCAAGAACGUCAAGUUUGUCACGGCUGAGUGGGUCAUGGAGAGUGUGUCCAACGGCAANAGGGCACCCGAACAAAGAUUCGAGGCUGUAAGGCUGGCUCUGAAGGGCACGGGAAGGGUCCAAGAGAUGUUUGCAAAGGCUGCUAAAAAGGGAUGA